AGAGUUGAAAAAGGUGUGAUUUGGAGAUUAAAUCGCAAUGCACCGCUUAUGGGCUGGGAUCGAGAUUAAAUCGCAAUUCAUCGCUUAUGGGCUGGGAUCGCCGAUCUUGCCUUCAGUAUCAACGGACGAUUUGCCGUUCUUUUCAUGAUACACGAUAGCGACAAACGUGAGCACGUACAACACUGCUGCGGCAACUUCAAAAGCAAAGCUAACUCCAAGGGAGGCCGACGUCAAGUCCUUCGCUUGGGUGAUCCAGCCCACAAGCGCCACGACACUGGAAGCAAUCGACAGCAGGGCAAAACAUUUCGAAAAACUGGCAAUGCAGAGCAUGGUCGUGCAGCAUGUGAUGAACAAGACCAGGAAGAGCAAGGUCAGAGCGCCGAAUGCAGUGCUGAGCGCAGCAAAUGCAAGUGUCACCUUGCCUAACGACCCACAGGACCUGGAGAUGAACCCGGUAUACUCGGACGGCGACAGUGGGGUCAGUGUUGCCGUAGCACUGCCAAGGUCAGGGAGAUCGCAAAUGGCGGCGUGGGUAGAGAUCAUGUCAACAGCAGCGUUGUUCAACGUCGCGGCAACGGCAGUCCCAUUGAUGUGCAGGGCGUUCGAAAUGUCGCGCGAGGAAUAAAAGCUGAAACACUGGUCCAGCGUGAUGUGAUUAUACUCUUGAGUCAAGUCAGCGUUGAUGCAGUAGCCCCACACGCCCACCGUGAAUCGGAUGUGCUGGAGCAUGCCUGGGAUGUCCUUCGCCACGUCGUGAAGGGGCGACGAGCUCGACCACAUGGGCAGGCCCAAUGCAAUCGACGACAGCGACAGCGCGGUCACUGCCAACGCAAGGCUGAUAGUACCAGACGCGUUGCAUGGCAUGGUCAGGGGUUCGUGCUGUGCGUUCCUCG